CUUUAAGCAAACAAACAAACAAAAAACAAUUACCAAUAAAAACCAACAAAACACUUGUGUUUAGCUAGUAAGAGACGCCGAUCCAUCGAUCCAAAUCAAAUUCAAACCGUUCGAAGAAGGUGUUGAGUUUGCCUAAAAAGGAAAACCCACACAAACCCCAUACAAUCUAGCAGCAGGGAACAAAAGCAGUAUAGACAAAUAGACAGCGCAGGAAAGGGCAGAACAGGACAGGCCGCAUACGGCAUACCAUAUAGAAACUAAGUUGAAUGUAAAUAAGAAUCCAAAUACAGGCAAUUACGGGCAGAAGAUAAUUGAACUGAAAGCAAUCUGUGAGCAGACCUAAAGUUAAAUAAGAAAGGGAAACAUUCUGUGGCAAGGGAGAGCAAGAACAGCAGAGCCCUCAAGCAUCCAUCCUUCAAGAAAGUACCUCCCUUAAGCACUGUGAAUAGCACUGUAUAUCACGAUGAACGCACGCUCGCAAGUGUUCGACCUGACUAUGGAGGGUCUGCAGGUGGACGAGGCGGUGACCACCAUCUUCCAGACAGUACUCUUCCAUCGUUGCCUCGGCAAGUUCAUGUACACGGGCGACGCCCAGUACUCGAUCGGUACUGUCGGCUACACGGAUGUCGACUGCAACUUCAUUGACUUCACCUAUGUGUGCUGCACCUCCGACAGCUUGACGCACAAGGUGAAGCGAGCCAUCAACCUGUUCAGUGAAAAGCUGCGCUCCAACGAGAGCUGCGGCUCGGGGCAGAUAAGCCUGGAGUUCUUUCAGAAGAAGAAGAACCGCUGGCCGUUCCCGCAGGAGUCCAUACCGUGGGAGGUGUGGACGGUGCACCUCGAUCUGAUCAAGCACGAGAACGAGGACGAGCGGCAGCUGUGUCGCGAGAACGUCUCAGAUCUCCUAACCGAAAAAGUCAUAUACAUUACGGAGCUGAUGAAUCGGCACGACUAUGUGCCCAAGACACCCAGCCAGAGCGAGCUGGACCUGAUCUUCGACACAUCCUUCCCCGAUGUUCAGCCGUAUUUGUUUAAGUUCGAUUACUCCACCUCUGGCUCGGCAGCACCCUCCAUGGGCAAUGCCAUGAAAAAGAUCAUCAAGGAGACGCUCGCAAUGUGACUGGCUAAAGCAGGAGCUGGAGCCCGAGUUUUACUACUGUAGAAAUACCAAGACAAGUGAACGAAUAAUACAAAUUCAAAUCGGAAUACGAAGCCCGCGACCGAGAACUUUAACAUUUUGUGACUAUUAUUUCUUAGUUCUGGAAACGUACAGUUUCAAGGCUUCAAGUGUUUCGUUGCGUUCCAAAUCAGAGCCAUUUUUAAUGCUGAUAGGAGUACGAAGUAGUUAAAUAUUUAUUGUGUACCCCCCCCGAGCCGGAGCUUCAAUAUAUUAUGUAAAGGGACUCCCUUUGGACUCCUUCAAAGCUCGCUUUGUUACUACUUUUAGUUGUUAGUUAUUGAUUAUUUUGUUAGUGCAGAUACGAAUCUGAUGCGGUAGAGUGCCAGAAAUUGCAAUAUGCAAUAUGUAGAAAGAUCCAUCAUCCAUCUUCAGAUUAUUCAGUGCUAAAGCUUGAGGAACUUUCAUUCGAGUUAUCUGCUAAUGUAUCGGCUAUAGUCCCUUCCCUCGAGAGAGGAGGUACACUGCGUGACCUAUCGUUUUUAUAUUUUCAAGCCCCUUGUGCCGCUUCUUAGUGCAGUCCAGUUCUUAGUGAGCGGUGCGAUCUGUAGCACAUCUGUAUCUGUAGAGCAUAUAGAGUAUCGCUUCGCUGUUUGUAUUUACAAUCAUUAAAUGGUUUUUAAUCAGAAGAGUUUCGAGCUGUAGAGGUAGAGAUAGAGAUAGGAGUAGGAGUAGGGCCAGUCCCUUUAGAAAAUGUUUGUUUUAGUGUGUUCCAUGCAUAAGAGUAGGACGGAUAUAGAGCCAGAAUGGAUGAGAGCGCUGUAGCAGGAGGUAUAGGAUUUAUGGUCUACUUUUUCUUUAAUCACAAAACUGAGUGAAAUGUAUUGAAGCAGAAAGAAACAAAAACCGAAACCGAAACCGAAACAGAUACAGAGUUUUACUCAUUGAUGGACCAAGUGUUAAAGUAAAAGUAAAAGUAAAAGAUACAUUAGUUUUGAUCAGUAAUUGUAUCGAUUAAUCUGCGUUAGAUACUGGCUAAUUAAACAACAACAACAACAAAAUCUUAGGCUAAACUCAUUCAUUAGUGGGCCAAACACCCCACCAAUCAAUCAAUCAAACGGCCCACGCGUGUCUCUUGCUCCAAAGCUUAUCUUGAGCACUCCUAGACCUAAGUGAAAAAGUAUCUAUGUAUCUGUAUGCGUACAUUUAAGUGUGGAUUCGGUGCGGCAGUCGUCAAUCUUCAAUCGUCAAGCUUUUCCAUUCAAAUGGCUGCUGGCAGGCACCACUAACUAUAGUUGCUUGAACUAACGUGUUACUUAAUUAAUAAUAUGUUAUCGAUCCGUGUAAAAAAAAAAAAUGAUAAAUAUGCAAAGAGAGGAGUGAGAGAAUGAGAGGACGGCGGUAAUUAUUUUGAAAUGAUUGUGAUUGUACUUGUAGUGAUUAAAUUAUAGUUUUAGCAAGUACCAGACGAAAGAGAAGAGAGAGGAGAGGAGAGGAGAGAAGAGAGCUGUAUGAUAAUUCCUAGAAGUUCUACUAACUUGAAACUACGCCCGAAGCUGAAGAGCAUUCAAAUUGAUGAUCGAUCCAUUGGGUCUGAAUGGGAAAUGAACUCAAAGCUCGCUCAAAGAUGGCUGAAAAUAUGAUAUGGAUAUGCGCAGAUGGAUAUGACAAGACGAUAAUACUGUCUCCUGCUAUGGAAAAGAUCAGUAGCAGAUCAGAGUGGUGUGGUGUGGUGCCUGCCUACAGAAGCAUCACAAAAAUCUGUUGCACUUGGAACUUGUGUACUUUUGCAUGGUGUUUUUUAGUUUAUUAAAUUUAAUUAGCGAUUGGCGCGACUGGCGACUGGCGCACCGAAUCGAAUCGAAUUGAAUCGAACGAACGUAUGUCUGUAUCUAUGUAAAUCGAUGUCAUGUCUGUAUGUAUGUGUGUAUGUCCAAGCUAUAAACGUAAACAACAACCAACCAUAAACCAUAAAUGUACUUUGCAAUUAAACAAUUAUUUGUAAAAUCGAAUUAAGCAGAAUAAAACCUUUGAAUCACACAGAACCUGAACACAAA